AUGGCCUAUCAAGUGUUGAGAGAACACCUGUGCCGUGUUCGGAUUCCAAGCUAUAAAAGGAAGUUGCCAGAGGAUACUCUCUCCCAAAUCGUUAAGGGCCUAAAACCCAUCCAAUUGGCAAUUUUGGUAAAGCCCUGCGAAGAGGACGACUGGGAAAUGGAUGCCGAUUUGCGAGUCCAUGUUGAUGAAUUUAUUUUGAGGCUACACCAACUCUACUUCAAAUCGGUAAUAUUUUAUGAUACGGAAUUAUUUUUCGGUUUCGUGGAAGCGAGCCUGGCCGGUUCCAUAGAGAGUGUCAAUUUGAUUUUUCGCCAACCGGCAGAAUUGACGCCGAUGAUUUUGGAACGAAAAUUGGCUCAUCGCUUGAGCCUCUUCAUAUUCUAUUGGGGUGCUCGGCAACCACCCAAGAGAUCGGAAAUCACUUUUCGGGAACCAAUGCGGGCUGUGGUCAUCACCAGGCCAAGGAAGAAGGCAUUCCGAAUUUACUACAACCAAGCCCAUCCGGAUGGUAAUGGCCACCUGUCCCUGGUUAGCUGGUAUGAUGGUGAUAAUUUGGGCCUGAGUAAGGAGCCGCUGUUGCCACCGGCCUCCAAUGUUUAUUCGAAUUUUCAUGGAAGGAUAUUUCGGGUGCCUGUUUUUCAUUCUCCUCCCUGGUUUUGGGUUAAUUAUGAAAAUGAAACGUCGGGCAACUCAACCCUGGACUCUCUAACCUCCGAUGAAAGCUAUGAAAUGGUAGAUGAUUUGGAAAUGCCCGAAGUCAAUGUGACGGGUGGCCGUGAUCAUCGUCUGUUACAACUUUUGGCCGAACACAUGCAUUUUGAGUUCGUCUACAUUGAUACCCCUGGACGGACACAAGGGUCGCUGACAAAUGAAACCUUUACCGGUGGCAUAGGCCUGCUGCAAAAUGGGUUGGGUGAUUUCUUUCUGGGUGAUGUCUCACUGAGCUGGGAACGACGCAAGGCAAUUGAAUUUUCAUUUUUCACCCUGGCCGAUUCGGGUGCCUUUGCUACACAUGCUCCACGCCGGCUGAAUGAGGCCUUGGCCAUUUUGAGACCCUUUAAGGCGGAUGUGUGGCCUUAUCUCAUUUUGACGGUGAUUGUGUCGGGACCGGUAUUCUAUUUUAUCAUCUAUAUACCCUUCCGCUGGCAAACGGAUUUCAAGGAGCGAAGGAUGAAAAGGACAUUUAAACGGAAUCCCUACCACAUGGUGUAUAUAAGGGAGAUUACGCGGCUGGAUAAUAAAAUCUCACGCAGAUUGGCCUGUGAGGAUCGGGAAAGGGAUAGGAAGGUGGCUAAGGAAGAUGAGCUACCUGAUAAUCUCUUUUAUAAAUGUAUUUGGUUUACGGUGCAGUUGUUUCUGAAGCAAUCUUGCCAGGAAUUAUAUCACGGCUAUCGUGCCAAGUUCCUGAUGAUUGUCUAUUGGAUUGCUGCCACCUAUGUCUUGGCGGAUGUCUACUCGGCCCAAUUGACAUCGCAAUUUGCUCGCCCUGCACGAGAGCCACCCAUUAAUACCCUACAUCGCCUGCAAAAGGCCAUGAUACAGGAUGGCUAUCUACUGUUUGUGGAGAGGGAAAGUUCGUCGCUGGAAAUGCUGGAGAAUGGCACUGAAAUAUUCCGCCAACUGUACGCUUUGAUGAAGCUUCAAAGUCCCGAUGAGGAAGGCUAUUUAAUUGAUUCGGUGGAGGCGGGAAUGCAUUUGAUUGCCGAUGGCCUGGAGAAUAAGGCGGUACUGGGUGGCCGUGAGACUUUGUAUUUCAAUAUACAGCAAUAUGGCUCCAAGACCUUCCAGCUAAGCCAGAAACUCUAUACCCGCUAUUCCGCCGUGGCCGUGCAAAUUGGUUGUCCAUUUUUGGAUAGCUUGAAUAAUGUGCUCAUUCAUCUUUUCGAAGGUGGCAUUCUGGACAAAAUGACCACAGCCGAAUAUGAGACUCAGUCACGCAUGAUAACCAAAGAUAUGAAGAAAAAUCACCACAACAACAAUCAGAAUAAGAACCAGAAAUCCCAUCAAGCGGAUCCCGCUGAGAUGUCAUCACAGGGCGAUGAAACGAACAGCCCAAACGAAUCGCAAGGCAAGACGGCCGAUAAUGCCGAAAUGAAGAAGCCGCAGGUUGCAACGACCAUCAUUCAGCCAUUAAAUUUGCGUAUGCUGCAGGGUGCAUUUAUUGUGCUCAUUGUGGGCUAUACCAUGGCAGCUCUAAUGCUUUUCCUCGAACUCUUCUGUCACGGCAUGAAUCCGUCUUUAAUCAGAGUGUGUAAAAAUAAUUUGCAUACGACCAUCCGAUGCUUGAGAAAAUCUAUUUGGAAACGCUUGCGCUGGUUGUUGUUGCGUAUCUGGAAAUAAUCCA